UCAACAGAAAUAUACGGGAAUAGUCUUUAAAAUCCGUCUUCAUCCUUUUCUUAUCAAAUUCGAAUUUCGUUUAAAAUACCGAGAGCAUAAAUUUCACACUUUAAACUUUAGAAUAAGCUCUGUAUUUUAGUUUUGUGAAGUUCGGAAUGUUAGAAAACGAAUGGUGAAAAUUGGAUAGUAACUGAACGGAGGAUUAGCAAGCUAGCUGGGAGAUCAGGAGAGACUAGGAGACAGGGGAGAAUAGAAGGAUAGUGAGAAUUGGUUUGUCAACACUGUUUGCUUGUUUGGUACUGUCGAAAAUAUCAGCCUGGUAUAAAAUAUUUGUUUUUUACUGUAGCUAGCCGUCUCGCUAGCUGUUUUAUUUAUCUACGAUGGAAUUAAGAGUGGGGAACCGAUACAGACUGGGAAGGAAAAUUGGCAGUGGAUCUUUUGGAGACAUCUAUUUAGGCACAGACAUCUCGGUGGGGGAGGAGGUGGCCAUUAAGCUGGAGUGUGUGAAAACGAAGCACCCUCAGCUCCACAUAGAGAGCAAGAUCUACAAGAUGAUGCAGGGAGGAGUGGGAAUCCCGACGAUAAAGUGGUGUGGUGCAGAGGGAGACUAUAACGUGAUGGUGAUGGAGCUGCUGGGGCCCAGUCUGGAAGACCUCUUCAACUUCUGCUCUCGCAAGUUCAGCCUGAAGACCGUCCUACUGCUGGCCGACCAGAUGAUCAGCCGCAUCGAGUACAUCCACUCCAAGAACUUCAUCCACAGAGACGUCAAGCCCGACAACUUCCUCAUGGGCCUGGGGAAGAAGGGCAACCUGGUUUACAUCAUCGACUUCGGUUUGGCCAAGAAAUACAGAGACGCCCGCACCCACCAGCACAUCCCUUACCGCGAGAACAAGAACCUGACGGGCACCGCCCGCUACGCCUCCAUCAACACACACCUGGGCAUCGAGCAGUCCAGACGGGAUGACCUGGAGUCUCUCGGCUACGUGCUCAUGUACUUUAAUCUGGGCUCACUGCCAUGGCAGGGCCUGAAAGCCGCCACCAAGAGACAGAAGUACGAGCGCAUCAGCGAGAAGAAAAUGUCCACGCCCAUCGAAGUCCUGUGUAAAGGAUACCCCUCCGAGUUUGCCACGUACCUCAACUUCUGUCGUUCGCUGCGGUUUGACGACAAGCCAGACUACUCUUACCUGAGACAGCUCUUCAGGAACCUGUUCCACAGACAGGGUUUCUCCUACGACUACGUCUUCGACUGGAACAUGCUCAAAUUCGGUGCGAACAGAGCCGCGGAGGAUGCGGAGCGAGAGAGGAGGGACCGGGAGGACCGGCUGCGACACGGCAGGAACCCGGGCGCCCGGGGAAUCCCCUCAGCUUCAGCCAGACCCAGGGGCACUCAGGACGUGGCACCGCCCACACCCCUCACCCCCACCUCACACACAGGGAUGGAGAGAGAGAGGAAGGUCAGUAUGAGGUUGCAUCGUGGAGCCCCAGUCAACAUCUCGUCUUCAGACCUGACCGGCCGACAGGACACCUCACGCAUGUCCACCUCACAGGCUCUCUCUCGCGUCACCCCGAGUGGUCUGCAGUCUGCCGUACCUCGAUGAGAUGCUCCACCCCGCCCUACCACACACACACA